AGAUGGCGGACGCUUUCGGGGAUGAGCUCUUCAGCGUGUUUGAGGAUGACUCGACCACUGCGCCCGGGGCCAAAAAAGACAAGGAAAAGGAGAAGGGGAAAUGGAAGGGGCCUCCAGGGUCUGCGGAAAAGGCCGGAAAACGUUUUGAUGGUAAAUUACAAUAUGAGUCAACUAAUAUUGGAAAAAACAAGAGAGAUGCGGACUUCGAGGGCACAGAUGAACCCAUUUUUGGAAAGAAGCCCAGGGUAGAAGAGUCAAUAACUGAAGAGUUAAGUUUGUCAGACUUGAUGCCCAGGGUCAAGGUACAAUCAGUUGAAACUGUUGAAGGGUGUACACAUGAGGUUGCACUUCCUGCAGAUGAAGAUUAUCUACCACUUAAACCUCGCGUUGGAAAAGCUGCAAAGGAAUACCCAUUCAUUCUUGAUGCUUUUCAAAGAGAAGCCAUUCAGUGUGUUGAUAAUAAUCAGUCUGUUCUAGUAUCUGCACAUACAUCAGCAGGAAAAACUGUAUGCGCUGAAUAUGCCAUUGCAUUGGCCUUAAGGGAAAAACAGCGUGUAAUAUUUACUAGCCCAAUUAAGGCCCUGAGUAACCAGAAAUACCGUGAAAUGUAUGAAGAAUUUCAAGAUGUUGGUCUGAUGACUGGAGAUGUUACUAUUAAUCCUACAGCAUCUUGUCUUGUUAUGACCACAGAGAUUUUGAGAAGUAUGCUGUACAGAGGUUCUGAAGUUAUGCGAGAAGUUGCUUGGGUCAUAUUUGAUGAAAUUCAUUACAUGAGAGAUUCAGAGCGUGGUGUCGUAUGGGAAGAAACUAUUAUCUUGCUUCCUGAUAAUGUUCACUAUGUCUUUCUUUCGGCUACUAUUCCAAAUGCCCGGCAGUUUGCUGAAUGGAUUUGCCACUUACAUAAACAGCCUUGUCAUGUAAUUUACACAGAUUAUCGGCCUACUCCGUUACAGCACUACAUUUUUCCAGCAGGGGGAGAUGGUCUACACCUUGUGGUUGAUGAAAAUGGUGACUUCAGAGAAGAUAAUUUUAAUACUGCGAUGCAGGUACUUCGAGAUGCUGGUGAUUUGGCAAAAGGAGAUCAGAAGGGGAGAAAAGGAGGAACAAAAGGACCAUCAAAUGUGUUCAAGAUUGUGAAGAUGAUUAUGGAAAGAAACUUUCAACCUGUAAUUAUUUUCAGUUUUAGUAAGAAAGAUUGUGAAGCCUAUGCACUUCAAAUGACCAAAUUAGAUUUCAACACAGAUGAAGAAAAGAAGAUGGUUGAAGAAGUAUUCAGUAAUGCAAUUGACUGCUUGUCAGAUGAAGAUAAAAAGCUCCCUCAGGUUGAACAUGUACUUCCUCUCUUGAAGAGGGGCAUUGGUAUUCACCAUGGUGGUUUACUUCCUAUUUUGAAAGAAACUAUAGAAAUUCUCUUUUCUGAAGGAUUGAUAAAGGCCUUAUUUGCCACUGAGACUUUUGCUAUGGGGAUUAACAUGCCAGCUAGAACUGUUUUAUUUACAAACGCCCGAAAAUUUGAUGGGAAGGAUUUCCGAUGGAUUUCCUCUGGUGAAUACAUUCAGAUGUCUGGUCGUGCUGGAAGGAGGGGAAUGGAUGACAGAGGAAUUGUAAUUCUUAUGGUAGAUGAAAAGAUGAGCCCAACAAUUGGAAAACAACUACUUAAGGGCUCAGCUGAUCCUCUAAAUAGUGCUUUCCAUUUGACCUACAACAUGGUUUUGAACUUACUACGAGUAGAAGAAAUAAAUCCUGAGUACAUGUUGGAAAAAUCCUUCUACCAGUUUCAGCAUUAUAGAGCAAUUCCAGGAGUAGUAGAGAAGGUAAAGAACUCAGAAGAACAGUAUAAUAAAAUAGUAAUACCAAAUGAAGAAAGUGUAGUCAUCUAUUAUAAGAUUAGGCAGCAGCUUGCCAAAUUGGGUAAAGAAAUUGAAGAAUAUAUUCACAAACCAAAAUAUUGCUUACCAUUUCUACAACCAGGUCGUUUGGUAAAGGUAAAGAAUGAAGGAGACGAUUUUGGCUGGGGUGUAGUGGUGAAUUUCUCAAAAAAAUCAAAUGUUAAGCCUAAUUCUGGUGAACUGGAUCCUUUAUAUGUAGUGGAAGUACUUCUGCGCUGUAGCAAAGAGAGCUUGAAAAAUUCAGCUACUGAGGCUGCAAAACCAGCUAAGUCUGAUGAGAAAGGAGAGAUGCAGGUUGUUCCAGUUUUGGUGCAUCUCCUGUCCGCUAUCAGCAGUGUUAGGCUUUACAUUCCUAAAGACCUUCGACCACUGGACAAUAGACAGAGUGUUUUAAAAUCAAUACAGGAAGUUCAGAAACGUUUUCCUGAUGGUGUUCCCUUAUUAGAUCCUAUUGAUGACAUGGGCAUUCAAGAUCAAGGACUGAAAAAAGUCAUCCAGAAAGUAGAGGCUUUUGAGCAUCGAAUGUAUUCUCAUCCACUUCACAAUGAUCCAAAUCUGGAAACGGUGUAUACACUUUGUGAAAAAAAAGCGCAGAUUGCAAUAGACAUUAAAUCUGCAAAGCGAGAACUAAAGAAAGCAAGAACUGUCCUACAGAUGGAUGAGCUCAAAUGUCGCAAACGUGUUUUAAGGAGGUUGGGAUUUGCUACGUCUUCUGAUGUCAUAGAGAUGAAAGGACGAGUGGCUUGUGAAAUAAGCAGUGCUGAUGAGCUCCUUCUAACUGAGAUGAUGUUUAAUGGCCUUUUCAAUGACCUAUCUGCAGAACAGGCAACGGCACUACUAAGCUGCUUUGUGUUUCAAGAGAAUUCUAGUGAGAUGCCCAAAUUAACAGAGCAAUUAGCAGGACCACUUCGUCAAAUGCAGGAAUGUGCUAAAAGAAUUGCAAAAGUUUCAGCAGAAGCCAAAUUGGAAAUUGAUGAGGAGACUUACCUAAGCUCAUUUAAACCUCACUUAAUGGAUGUAGUAUAUACCUGGGCAACUGGAGCUACAUUUGCCCAUAUCUGCAAAAUGACAGAUGUCUUUGAAGGCAGCAUAAUUCGUUGUAUGAGGCGCCUGGAAGAACUACUUCGACAAAUGUGUCAAGCAGCAAAAGCCAUUGGAAACACUGAGCUGGAAAACAAAUUUUCAGAAGGAAUCACCAAAAUCAAGAGAGAUAUUGUGUUUGCCGCCAGCCUCUACUUAUAAAGAGUCAGCUAAAGGAAUGUGGAAUUUUAAAUUGUUCACCACCUGUCUGAUGUAUUAUAUUUAAAUCAAGCAUCAUUCUAAGAA